CGAGAAUCCGAAGAGGCCCCCCUGUGUACGGUUGACGGAAACGCACGAGCUUCACGAAAGAAUUCUUUCGGGAUAAGAAGCGAACGCACCGAAGCUUGACUGCAGCGCGUCCAUCUCCACUUUUACCGGACGAAAAUGCCCCGCGUUCGAUUUUCGCGUCCGGAUAAACGUUGCCGCUUCUCGAUCUUAGCUUAGCUUAUUUUAGCUGGCUAGCCGCGAAGUACAGAAAGGCGUUCGGAUCCAUCUGUGAGCGUAAAGUGUUGUGGCCAUCGUGCGCAAAUGUGUGCAAAACGUGUGAAAGAAGAAGACUACGAGGAGGACAUUUCUCGGCCGAAAGAGGAGCAGGCGCGACAACGCCAACUAAACAGCGCCCAGCCUAGAGAUGUGUUCCAACAAGCAGACGUCAGUGAAGAAGAUCUUCAUUCUGAGAAGCAGGAGCCAGAAAACGCUCACCUUAAAGAAGAGGAGGAGCCAGAUUUACCUGACAUUAAAAAAGAAGGAAAGCCAGAGCCCCCAUACAUUAAAGAUGAAGAGCUAGAGGAUGAAAUCAGCAAGUUUCCAUUGACUGGUACCACUUUGAAGACUGAAGAAGAUGAUGGAGACCACAGAGGCGGAUCCCAAUCACACGACCUCUUAGCUCCACUAUCAGAUAGUGACGACUUAACGUCACACUCUUCUAAUGAUGAUGAUGAUGAUGAUGAUGAUGAUUACAAUCAUGGUGGUGAUGAUGACGAUGACAAACACUCGAAUGGUGAUAUGAAAUGUCACACUAAUAACAAAUGUAUCCAGUGUACUCAUUGUGACAGAACGUUUUACAACAAGUCAUCGUUGAUAAGACACACAAGAUCACACACUGGAGAAAAACCUUUUGCCUGUUCUGUUUGUGGUAAAAGAUUCUCUAUAGCGGGAAAUUUAACAAAACACAUACGAACACACACUGGUGAAAAACCUCUUGCCUGCUCAGUUUGUGGUAAAAGAUUUUUUCAGAAGGCAGAUUUAACAAUACACACAAGAAUACAUACUGGAGAAAAACCUUUUGCCUGCUCAGUUUGUGGUAAACGAUUCACUGGGAAGCAAAAUUUAACAAGGCACACAAGAACACACACUGGAGAGAAACCUUUUGCGUGCUCAGUUUGUGGUCAAAGAUUCUCUAUAAAGGCAAAUUUAAAAACGCACACAAGAACACACACUGGUGAAAAAGCUUUUGCUUGUUCAGUUUGUGGUAAAGGAUUCACUAAAAAGGUACAUUUUACAAGGCACGCAAAAACACACAGCGGAGAGAAACCUUUUGCGUGCUCAUUCUGUAGUCAAAGAUUCUCUUUAAAGGCAGAUUUAAAAAUGCACACAAGAACACAUUCAGGAGAAAAACAUUUUGCCUGCUCAGUUUGUGGUAAAAAAUUCUCUAGAAAGGCACAUUUAAAAACUCACACAAGAACACACACUGGAGAAAAAACAUUUGCCUGCUCAAUUUGUGGUCAGAGUUUCUCCCUAAAGGCAAAUUUAAAAAGGCACACAAAAUUACACAGUGGUGAAAAACCUUUUGCCUGCUCAGUUUGUGGUCAAACGUUCUCUGUAAAUACAAAUUUAAUAAGGCACACAAGAACACACACUGCAGAAAAAACCUUUGCCUGUUCAGUUUGUGGUCAAAGAUUCUUUGCACAGGAACAUUUGACAAAACACACAAGAACACACACUGGUGAAAAACUUCUUGCCUGCUCAGUUUGUGGUAAAAAAUUUAUUCAGAAGGGAGAUUUAACAAGGCACACAAGGACACACACUGGAGAAAAACCCUUUACCUGCUCAGUUUGUGGGAAAAGAUUUGCUAAAAAGACAAAUUUAACAACACACAUGAGAACACACACUGGAGAGAAACCUUUUGUGUGCUCAGUUUGUGGUAAAAGAUUCACUGUAAAGACUCAUUUAACAAGACACACACGAACACACACUGGUGAAAAACCUUUUGCCUGCUCAGUUUGUGGCCAAAGAUUCUCUGUCAAGGCAAGUUUAAAAAGGCACACAAGAACACACACUGGAGAAAAACUUUUGCCUGCUCAGUUUGCGGUCAAAGAUUCUCUGCAGAGGAGCGUGAAAUAAUAAUAAAUAAUACUGGGUAAACUCACAAUAACUAACCAUUCAGUUGCCGUGUGUGUAAUAAAGGAAAAAAAAAAUGGAAGUCAAGUAUGAAGAGAAGCUGUCAAUGAAGCUGCCCAAUAAACUGAAGAAACUGA